AUGGUCAACUCCUGUUGUGGCUCCGUCUGCUCUGACCAGGGCUGUGGUCAAGGCCAGGAGAACUGCUGCAGCCCCGGCUGCUGCCAGCCCAUCUGCUGCCGCCCCAGCUGCUGUGUGUCCAGCUGCUGCAGACCCCAGUGCUGCCAGUCUGUGUGCUGCCAGCCUACCUGUUGCCGCCCUAGCUGCUGUGUGUCCAGCUGUUGUAGGCCUAGCUGCUGUGUGUCCAGCUGUUGCCGUCCCAGCUGCUGUGUGUCCAGCUGUUGCAGGCCCCAGUGCUCCCAGUCUGUGUGCUGCCAGCCCACAUGCUGUCGCCCCAGUUGUUGUGUGUCUAGUUGCUGCCGCCCCAGUUGCUGUGUGUCCAGCUGCUGCAGACCUCAAUGCUGCCAGUCUGUGUGCUGUCAGCCUACCUGCUGUAGACCCAGCUGUUGUGUGUCCAGCUGCUGCAGGCCCCAGUGCUGCCAGCCCAGCUGCUGCAUCUCCAGUUGCUGCCGCCCUUCCUGCUGUGGGCCAAGCUGCUGCAGACCCACCUGCUGUGUAUCCAGCUGCUGCCGCCCAGUCUGCUGCCAGACCACCUGCUGCCGCCCCAGCUGUUGUCAGACCACCUGCUGCCGCCCAACCUGCUCUAAACCAACUCGAUGUCCCAGCUGCUGCCAACCCACUUGCUGCCGCCCCAGCUGCUGUGUGUCCAGCUGCUGCAGGCCCCAGUGCUGCCAGCCCACUUGUUGCCGACCCAGCUGUUGCAUCUCCAGCUGCUGCCGCCCUUCCUGUGGUAGCUCCAGCUGCUGUGGUUCCAGCUGCUGCCGCCCCUGCUGCUGCCUCCGCCCAAUCUGUGGCCGAGUCUCCUGUCAAACCACCUGCUAUCGCCCAACCUGUGUCAUCUCCACCUGCCCCCGCCCUACCUGCUGUGCCACCCCUUGCUGCUAA